ACUAUGGCUCCUUGGCCUGAACUGGAAAAUGCCCAGCCUGACCCCGAGAAAUACAUCAAAGAGGGCACAGGUCAGCAACCCAGCAUAGAGGCCAAAGGCAAAGACACGGACCGAGAUGCCAGCGGGACUCCAGUGGCCAACAUUGAGCUUCUGCCCUCCUACUCCUCUGUGGCACUGAUAGAGGAGCCUACCCAGCUGGACGACCCCUGGAAUAUACCGGAGCUCCAGGACACUGGCAUCAAGUGGUCAGAGAGAGACACCAAAGGGAAGAUUCUCUGCAUCUUCCAAGGGAUUGGGAAGUUCAUCCUGCUUCUGGGAUUGCUCUACUUGUUUGUGUGCUCCCUGGAUGUCCUCAGCAGUGCCUUCCAGCUGGUUGGAGGAAAGGUGGCCGGGCAGUUUUUCAGCAACAACUCCGUUUUGUCCAACCCCGUGGCGGGGCUGGUGAUUGGCGUGCUGGUGACCGUCAUGGUACAGAGCUCUAGCACCUCCUCGUCCAUCGUUGUGAGCAUGGUGGCCUCCUCACUGUUGAGUGUGCGGGCUGCCAUCCCCAUCAUCAUGGGGGCCAACAUCGGGACCUCCGUCACCAACACCCUGGUGGCGCUCAUGCAGGCGGGAGACCGGAACGAGUUCAGAAGAGCUUUUGCAGGGGCCACUGUCCACGACUUCUUCAACUGGCUGUCCGUCUUGGUGCUCCUGCCCCUGGAGGCCAUCUCCCACUACCUGGAGAGACUGACCGGGCUUAUAGUGAACAGCUUCAACUUCCAGAAUGGAGAAGAGGCCCCAGCACUUCUGAAAGUCAUCACAGACCCCUUCACAAAGCUCAUUGUCCAACUGGACAAAGACGUUAUCAACCAAAUUGCAAUGAAUGAUCCAGAGGCCCAAAACAAGAGCCUGAUCAAGAUUUGGUGCAAGUCUGUCACCACCGUGACUGAGAUGAAUGUCACCGUCCCCUCGUCUGAGAACUGCACCUCCUCUGCGCUCUGUUGGGUGAAUGGCACCCACACCUGGACCUUGAAGAACGUGACCUUCCAGGAGAACAUUGCUAAGUGCCGGCACAUCUUUGCAAACUCCAACCUCUCAGACCUCAUCGUGGGCAUCAUCCUGCUUGUUCUCUCCCUGCUGGUCCUCUGUGGCUGCUUGAUACUGAUCGUCAAGCUCCUGAGCUCCGUGCUCAAGGGCCAGGUGGCUACCAUCAUCAAGAAGACCAUCAACACUGACUUCCCCUUCCCCUUCUCCUGGGUGACCGGCUACUUGGCCAUCCUCGUGGGGGCCGGCGUGACCUUCAUCGUGCAGAGCAGCUCCGUGUUCACAUCUGCCCUGACCCCGCUGAUAGGUAUCGGUGUGAUAACCAUCGAGAGGGCGUAUCCACUCACGCUGGGCUCCAACAUCGGCACCACCACCACCUCCAUCAUGGCGGCCUUGGCCAGCCCAGGCAGCACCUUGAUGAGUGCACUCCAGAUCGCCCUGUGCCAUUUCUUCUUCAACAUCUCUGGCAUCUUGCUGUGGUACCCGAUUCCGUUCACCCGCCUGCCCAUCCGCAUGGCCAAGGGCCUGGGCAACAUCUCCUCCAAGUACCGCUGGUUCGCCAUCGUCUACCUCAUCAUCCUCUUCCUCCUGGUCCCGCUGGCGGUGUUUGGCCUCUCGCUGGCUGGCUGGCCAGUGCUGGUGGGCGUGGGGGUGCCCAUCGUCGUCUUCCUGCUCCUGCUGCUGUGCCUGCGGCUGCUGCAGUCCCGCUGCCCGCACAUCCUGCCGCAGAAGCUGCGCACCUGGAACUUCCUGCCCUUGUGGCUGCGCUCGCUGGAGCCCUGGGACCGCGUCAUCUCCCAGCUCACCAGCUGCUGCCAGAAGCGCUGCUGCUGCUGCCGCGUGUGCUGCCGUGUGUGCUGCCUCAUGUGCGGGUGCACCAAGUGCUGCCGCUGCAGCAAGUGCUGUGAGGACUUUGAGGAGAAGGAGGAGCCGGGGGUCCCCGUCAAGGAGCCCGGGGCCUUCAGCAUAGCCAUGACCCAAGAGGUCCAGGGUGAGAGCAAGGCCCAUGCCGAUGCCCUGGACGCAGUGAGCUCUUGCACCAUCACGGCCUUCUAGGGGCAGCCUGGGGCCGGGGAGCCCCAGGAGCCACGUGCACCUUCCUUUUGCUUCUGCAGCCUUCCACUGCCUCACAGAAAUCUCCCCACCCAGAAACAGUCACACGUGUCCCAGCUCCUCCCCGCUGCAGGGCGCCGUGGAGAAUUAGAGCAUGACCACGUCCACUCCUGCACACGGCUGCAGUAGCAACUGUGUCCAGGCCCGGGCCAGCCUUUCCAUUGCAGAGGACAGAGGAGCAACCAGGGAAGGCCUGUGGGGGCAUCUGUGUCCGCACAGAGCUCUCCUUUUUUAUUCUGGAGCCUGUCUGCCCCAACAGCAACAGGACCAGAGAAGUAGGGGAUUGUUGGGGACCAUAGGCACAGGCCUUUCCUGCCUGGCAGGGCUUAGUCACCUGGGAAGGGAUGGCUGGGCCAAGCAGCUUACCUGGGAGCUACCUGGAGGGGCUCGGCAUACACUUGGCUCACCUGUCUGGACAGAGGGCAGCAGAGCGACUCUUUCCUUCCCUGGCUUCAUUUAAAAGCCAAACCGACAGGCACCAGGGCUACUGCCCUCUGCCACUGUCUUAGUCAGAAGUCAUCCCUGUUGGAAUAAGAUAUGCAGUUCCUCAAAGCCUGCUCCCUCCCCUGGAAUCCUUGGAAGCAUCUGUACAUGCAAUAGUCCUGCAGUUUUUUGCUAACUUAUUAGGGCCAGCCUCUAGUGGUCAGCUGUCAUCUGUCCAUCCUACCCCACCUGGGUGCCCAUUGGAAUUGGAAUCUCCGAGCAUCUUACCUCCCCACAGAUGAGCUUUCGUUUCCUGCCCUCUCCUCGCACCUGCAAAGCUCCAGCCUUUCCCUAGAGGGAGGCAGGCAGGGCUGACGGAACUGCUGUCUGUUGGUCUGUCAUGCGCAGUGGGUUCCUGUCCUGAAUGCUCCUCCUGGAUGCCUUCCCUGUAUCUCCCGGAGCCCCUGGCCCUGUCACACCUCUGCUCCCCACCCUCACCUCCUCCCCGGCAAGUGAAUUUCAUCCUUAUCCAGAAAAAGGGAGAGGUGUGGUGGUACCCCAAGACGCUGUCCUCCAGCAUCUCCAUUGGAACAGGUUGGGGUACCAAACCGAGCCCUCUCUGAUCCCCCAUGUAGAUACCCAUCCCCAAACAGAGCCAUUUAUACUUUAUGGCCAUGUACCUGUACAGCAUUUGCAUAAGUUAUGUAGUAAAUAGUUUAUGGUUUUAUGUAUUUUAGUGUCUCAUUUGGAAAUGAGGCAGGGUUCCUCUAUGAAAUGUAAAGACAGAAUGAGCACCUCUGUAUAUUUUGUGAUACUGCCUUUUAAGCAUGCCUCUGGGCCAUGCCACCCCACACCCUGUACAUAUGUAAGUUAAACCUGAGCAGUGGCUGUGGCCAUCUUUGCACUCUGAUUUUUUAAAACUCGGAUCGUUGUAUUUGUGUUGAUUGUAUUUUUUACUGGUUGUGGGAAGGGAGAAAUAAAAGGGCUAAUCAAACCCAAAAGGAA